AUGGAAGCUGAUGGAAGCACUUUUGUUCCCUUGCGUCAGAAGACAAAAAAGAAAAGUCAAGGGUUCUUUAUAAUGAGCCGACGGAGGAUAUCGUGUAAAGAACUGGGACAAGCCGAUUGCCAAGGAUGGCUCUACAAAAAGAAGGAAAAAGGAGCUUUCAUUGGCAACAAAUGGAAAAAGUUCUGGUGUGUGCUGAAGGAGUCUUCACUGUACUGGUACAGCAGUCAGCUGGCUGAAAAAGCAGAAGGAUUCAUCAGACUUCCAGACUUCAGUGUGGACCGAGCAACUGAAUGCAAAAAAAGGCAUGCUAUUAAGAUCAGCCACCCACAGAUCAAGACAUUUUAUUUUGCAGCAGAAAAUGUUCUGGAAAUGAACACAUGGCUAAGUAAGCUGGGGAUGGCCAUAGAUCCUCAGGCACCUAAUGGGAAGAAUGAGGAAGAAUGCUACAGUGAAAGUGAACACGAUGAUCCAGAAAUAACAGACACACCUACUACCCCCUACACAGUCCAGCUACCACCUCCUUCUUUGGAUCAGCAGAAGUCUUCUUUCACCUCAACUCUAUCAAGUGAAGCAUCUUGUUCUCAUUCCUCUCCUGAAAGCACUUUCAACUCCCAAGAGUCAUCAUCUUCCUUGAUGUCCAAAGUGAUUUAUUCUGAGAGGCAGUCCUGGCUUGACCUAGUUAACAGCUCUGCCACAGAAGAGGGUGAUCAGCCUUUAACUUUCUGUGUACAGAUUCACUCAGAUGAGCCGCCAGAAGUAGACUGUGGAGAAGCAGCAGAAAACCAGGAGUUCCAGAUUUCCAAACCCAGUGGUGAAUCUCAAAACUCAUUUUUAGGUCCGGAUACACAUUGUCUAGCUGUGCCAGAUGCUACAGGAGAGAGAUCACUAGCCAAAGAUCAAGAAAAAUGUGAUGAUGAUGAGAUGGAGCGUCUUUACAAGUCAUUAGAACAAGCAAGCCUGUCUCCCAUUGGUGAUCGUCGGCUGUCAACAAAGAAGGAGCUUAGGAAGUCAUUUAUCAAGCGCAGCAAAAACCCCUCCAUUAAUGAGAAACUCCACAAAAUUAGAAUGCUGAACAGCACAUUAAAGUGUAAGGAACAUGACCUGGCCACAAUUAACCAGUUGCUAGAGGACCCAAAGUUGACAGCAAUGAAGUACAGAGAGUGGAGGAACACAAACAUCAUGCUGGUCCAAGAUAUCUAUCAGCAGCAGGACAUGUCCACAGAGAAUACCGAGGAGCGAGAGAUGACUCCACAGCCUAUUGUUGAAAGUGCCAUCUGA